GAAUUUGUGUGUAAUUGUUUUGAAACGUUUCAAAAAUCGUUUACGUUUUGAGUUUAAUUGUAAAGGAUCAUCAUUUUGUUUAAAAAAUUAAAGUGUCUUGUCAAAUAUAAUUUUGUGUUAAAAAAUAAACAUAAAAUUCUUAAAAAUAAGUGCUAAAAGUUAACUGUCUUUGUAAUAUUUGUUUUAACUAAAUUUGCUUAAACAUUUGGAACUCAAUUGCUUGGAAUUGGUCUCAAUUUACCAGGAUGUCGAAUAAAGAGGAUACACCAAUUGUAAUCGAUUUUAAACAACGCAGAACUGGUAAUUAUGGUUCAGCUACUACCACAGCUUGCGGUACGCCUCACUCCCCCAGUUCCAGCAAUGGUGUAAAUAACAACAAUAAUCCGGAACCAGUGCGCCAAGGACCUUCAGUAUUUUGUUUACAUGGCCAGCGUAAUAUUGAGGUGCGUGAUCAUUGCCAUCGUCAACGUAGCGAAGGUGUAGAUGUAAAUGCCCGCCGUAAACUGAUUAUAGCCAGUGGUUUGUGUUUAUUUUUCAUGAUAUGCGAAAUUGUGGGUGGCGUUUUAUCCAAUAGUUUGGCAAUUGCAACAGAUGCUGCUCAUUUGUUAACGGAUUUUGCCAGUUUUAUGAUUUCACUAUUUGCCAUUUGGAUUGCUGGCCGACCUUCAACUCAACGCAUGUCCUUUGGCUGGUAUCGUGCUGAGGUAAUUGGAGCUUUGGCUUCUGUUGUUAUGAUUUGGUUUAUUACCGCCAUUUUGGUAUGGCUGGCCAUACAGCGUGUCAUAAAUCAGGAUUUCGAGUUAAAGGCGAAUAUAAUGUUAAUAACAUCAGGUCUGGCCAUUGUGGUGAAUAUAAUGUAA